AUGUCCAGUCAAAUCAUGCUUGGAGUUGGCACUGCUGUUGUCCUGGCACACAUCCAUUGGCUAGGAGGUCACACGUGGGCAGCUUGGACAGGCUUGGUCAAAAAGGGCCACCAUGCCAUGAAGGAAGGACACUUCAAGGAAGAGCCGUUCCAGCAGUCCCACAUCUCCGAAAGGCUGACAAGAUCCAGGAUCUCAAACUACCGUUUAGCGACUUCUAUCAGCGUGCACAUGUCGAUGUUAACAUUCCUCGCCCGCCUUGGGAAAUUCGUGAUGGACCCCGGCUUCGAGGACGCAGUGGUAAUGAUUGCGAUUUCGGUCGGGUACGCACUGGACGCAUGCGUCUGCAGUGGACAGAUCCUUCUGACCCGCGAGAGGUUGUUGAGGAUCAGCGUCGUCUUGUGCACGGUGAUGCACUGUAUGAACCUAAGCUAUGCCACCACAACAAUCCCAGCUGACCACAUGCUGGCAUACAGUCUGCUGACGACUGCGAACACCCUGGCUGGAUUGGUUUGCCUGAGGGCAACAAUUUGGGUUCCAUCCGCCAUCGCCCUGGCCUUGUGCGAUGCCACCUUCUUCGCGCAGAAGUUCGGGCUGGAGGAGCUGAGCUCCAAUUUUGUUUUAGAUCACACCGUUCGGUUGGUGCUGAACUGCGCAAUCCUCAUCGGCGCGGAGAUGAGUGUGCGCGGGCGCCUGCAGUCGGAAGUGGAGUGCGAGGAUGCCAGCUCUAUGGUGCGUGCUUUCCAGCAGAUCUUGAAAGGAUUAUGCGAUGGAAGCCUCAUUCUGGACAACCGGAUGAUGAUUCGCGGAUCUCCAGUUGGCCUCCAGCGCUUGCUUCCCAGUCGAACGAUCUCGGCUGGAGAUGAGUUCUGCUCACUGAUGGGCAGCGAGGAGAUGAAGGACCGCUUUCUUGAAUUCAUUGCUGGCUCUGUUGCUGCAAGCUCUGCCGGGCGGAGCUCGCAAGUACCACAGGGCGGUCCUCCUGCCUGCUGGCGGGUGGUGUUGUCAGAUGGUGGACGAGAGUUACAUGUGGAUGUCUUUCAUGCUACGCUGCCCCGUCUGUUCGGUGCUGAGGAGCCAUACCACCUGCUGGCCUUGGUUGAGGACCCAGAAGAACGGGAGCUUUGGGAUGCGGCUCUUCUGUCGAAUUCCCUCCAGCCCAGCUACAAUCCUUCUGGGACGGCUUCCCAUCAAUCGUCGGAAGUGAUGUCGAUAGGGCCGGCGUCUUCCAGGAGAUCCGAAUGUCCCUCGGCCUGUCCAUCGGCAGCUUCGAGGAGUAAUGAAGUCCUGGAGGCCUUGAGCGAGCUCGUUGAAGCUACGUUCUUGGUCGAUCCAGCUUCCGAGAAUAUGGACUUGCUGGAGGUCCACCUGAAUUUUAACAGGCACUCGCCGGCUCGGCCUUCAUUGAAGAUGCUCGCCCUCAUCCAAGAGUGGGAGCAGCUGCAGCUCGAUCUGAGGACCUACACCUUGGACCUGCUACGAGGGGCACCCGACAUACCGGCAUCAUUACGUGCCAUGAAGUUGCGUAUUCCCGGCGCACCGCGGAAAGUGUUCAAGGCGAAUUACGCACGGCUAAGCCGCGCCUCUCAGAUUCCGGGUCAGCCCACCUACUUGUACCUCCACCUGAAAGACUUCAACAAGCAGGAGGCACAGCCGAACCACCCCAGGAAUUGGCACCACCAGACGCUCGAGGAGGAGGCCGACGAUCGCCCGGCAGAGGCAUGUGCUCUACCACUGCCAGGAGGCGUUUGCAUUCACGGCCCCAUCUACCACUUCUGA